GUGGUCGGCGGUAUUUGCUUGUCGGGCUUUGGUCACCAUGAAGGCCUUCGCGGUGGUUGUCGCCUUCGUUGCGAGCUUCACUUCUGGGACCAUUCUUCCGGCUAGUCGCUCUUUGAACCGCCCUCCCCCACUCGCUGAUAAUGAUGUGGUGACCUUCGGCAACGGAACAUUCGAACAGUUGAUCGAUCAUGACAAUCCCGAUCUUGGUACUUUCUCUCAGAGGUUUUGGUGGAGUGAUGAGUUUUGGGCUGGGCCUGGAUCACCUGUCGUGUUCUUUACUCCGGGCGAAUCUGCGGCGGAUGGCUAUGGCAGUUACCUCACCAACAAGACCAUCACUGGUCUCUUCGCGGAAGCCAUUGGAGGGGCCGUUGUUAUGCUUGAGCACCGCUAUUGGGGAGAAUCGUCUCCGUUCGAGGAGUUGACUACGAAAAACUUGCAGUACCUUACACUGGCACAGUCUAUUGCUGAUACCACGUACUUUGCCAAGAAUGUUGAAUUCCCCUUUGAUAAGAAUGGCAGUAGCCAGGCCACCAGAGCGCCGUGGGUUUUCUCCGGAGGCUCCUACAGCGGUGCUCUGUCCGCGUGGACACAAGCCCUUGAUCCCGGUACUUUCUGGGCUUAUCACGCCUCUAGUGCAGUUGUCGAGUCAAUCUACGAUUUUUGGCAAUACUUCGUACCAGUUCAAGAAGGCAUGCCCAAGAACUGCAGCACCGACAUUUCACUGGUCAUUGAAUACGUUGACGAUGUUUUGACUCACGGCAGCAAUGCUGAAAAGCAAGCACUGAAAAACAAAUUCGGCUUAGGUGGAGUGAAGCAUGAUGCCGAUUUUGCAGGUGCCCUUGAAAAUGGGCCAUGGCUCUGGCAGAGCAACAGUUUCUAUUCAAACUACUCCGAAUUCUACCAGUUCUGCGACUACAUUGAGAAUGUGGCUGGUAACAACGGCACCAAUAUAACACAUGUACCUGACGCUACCGGCGUUGGUCUUCACAAAGCCCUGAAUGGAUACGCCAAGUGGAUGAAGACGAUAGAAAUCCCCGGCUUCUGUGCCUCGUACGGCUACUGGACCGAUGAUUACGACCUCUCCUGCUUCGACACUUACAACGAGAGCAGCCCCAUGUUCACCGACAUCUCGGUGAACAACGCCAUCAACCGGCAAUGGAACUGGUUCCUGUGCAACGAGCCCUUUGCCUACUGGCAAGACGGCGCUCCCAACGACAGGCCCACGAUCGUGUCGCGCCUCGUCGACGCCGAAUACUGGCAGCGGCAAUGCGACCUCUUCUUCCCUCCAGAGGGCGAGUACACGUACGGCAGCGCGCGCGGCAAGACGGUCGAAGACGUGAACGCCUACACAGGCGGCUGGUUCGCUAACACCACCCGCCUGAUCUGGACGAAUGGCCAGUACGACCCUUGGAAGGACGCUACGGUGUCUUCGGAUUUCCGUCCUGGAGGUCCGCUUGAGUCGACGGAGGAUGCGCCCGUGCAGGUCAUUCCUGAGGGUAUUCAUUGCUCGGAUUUGCAUGCUAGGAAUGGCGCUGUGAAUGAGGGCGUGCAGGAGGUUAUAGAUAAUGAGAUUGCGCAGAUAAAGACGUGGGUGUAUGAGUACUAUUCGAGCUACUCGAGUCAACGGUAGGGUAGAGAGUGGAUUUGGACUUAGUUUCUAUAAACAUGAUAGUUUGCCUACGGAUGACAUAGAAGCUUUUUAGUUCUUGCCUACUUGGAGUCUUGGACAAAUACCUUUCCUGGGCUUUAGACUCGCUCACUGUUUUAUUUUGUGAAGGUUUGUUCCCUAUUGGGAAGUUGAAUGAGGAAGUGCUGUCUGAUUGAAU